UGACCUCCUAUUAGCCUCUCCUAGACAACAGAGCGAGCAUGAGGGUUAUAUUUUCCUCGACCUCUUCUUAUUUGAGAGGAUACAAAUAUAGGAAAUCGCCCACAUGCAUAAAUGAAAAGAAGAAUGAAGUGCGUAUUUUCUAUAUCCGUAACCCACCAAUCAGAAAUUUGGCAACAAGAAAUGCCUCCUCGGUUAGCAUCGGAUUCAACGGGCAGUUGUGGAGUCCGAUCACUGGCAUGGCAGGCGGCGGCUCCUAGUGACCGUGGAGGCACGUCAGAGCUCUCCGUCUCCAUCCCUGCACCCUUUUGUCCCCAGUUGUCGUAGGUUUCAUCGACGCUCCAUUUGUCUCCACCCAACCAAUCACAAUAAGUACAAAGAAGCAAGAGAAACAACAAAAACACUGGUAUCGUAUAUAAGCACCCUCCAUACCUGUUCGGUCAUCCAUUACAAAGAAGCAACAGCAGCAAGAAAUUAAGCAGACUGAUCUGGGACUGAGUGUGCCAAGAAGGAAGAAGAUAAAAUGUCGGUGGAGAGCAUAAUCGUGGUGAAGUCGGAGUUGAGCCCAGGAAUGAGCGUAAGGCGACCCUCGUGCAUGGCGGAGUGCGACCCUGUGAGCGCGAUCGGCAGGCGCGUCAAGAGGAGGAGGCGAGUUCACGUCAGUGAUGGCAGUUCUGCUGCCGCGGGAGUUCCAGCGGCGGGAGAUGAUCAGAAGAAGCAUCAUGAGGUCGAUGGGGUUACCGUCGCCGCGACUGCGACCAUCAAGAGGAGCUCCAAGUACCGGGGCGUAAGCAGACAUAGAUGGACUGGGAGGUAUGAGGCUCAUUUGUGGGACAAAGGGUGUUGGAAUCCAACACAGAGGAAGAAGGGAAAGCAAGUUUAUCUUGGCGCUUAUGAUGAAGAAGAAUCUGCCGCAAGAGCUUAUGAUUUGGCAGCACUCAAGUACUGGGGAAGCUCAACCUUCACUAAUUUCCCUAUAUCAGAUUAUGAGAAGGAAAUUGAGCUUAUGAAAACCAUGACUAGAGAGGAAUAUUUGGCUUCGCUAAGAAGACGAAGCAGCGGUUUCUCAAGAGGUGUAUCAAAGUACAGAGGAGUUGCAAGGCACCAUCACAAUGGGAGAUGGGAAGCAAGGAUCGGCAGGGUGUUUGGAAACAAAUAUCUAUAUCUGGGUACUUACAGUACACAAGAGGAGGCUGCUCGUGCAUAUGACAUCGCAGCAAUCGAGUACAGAGGGAUCAAUGCAGUGACCAACUUUGAUUUGAGCUCAUACAUAAGAUGGCUGAAACCAGGACCAAAUAAUUCUCAUGCUUCCCAGAAGCCUCAGUUAACCUUGCACUCUGAACCCGCACCGACCUCCUCGAACCACGUCCAUGGGGAAGAAGAAUCCAAGCCGUCCAUCCUCUUUCGCUCCAAUUCUUUCGUGCUCAAUGAUCACGCCACUCCGAUGAAACUAGAUGCAAGCACAAAUGCAGUUUGUGUCUCCGCCAAGUCAACUUCUCCAACUGCACUGGGACUGCUGCUCAAGUCAUCGGUAUUCAGAGAGCUAGUCGAGAAGAAUCCACGUUCGCUUGACGAAGAGAAGGAGGACCCUACCAAGGACUUCAUGCAGGCGGGCGGUAGGGCUAAUAUCAGGGGAGGCUUUGGCAAUGAGAUUGGAGGUUUCCCUUUCAUGUUUACACCAGUGGGAGAGAGUGAGAGUAUGCCGGGUUUGGAAUCAUGGGAAAGUACGAUGCUUGUGGGCAAUAGAACAGAGCCAUGGAAUUGGAACUAAAGUAACAUCUGUCUUCUUGCAAGCACAAGCUAACCGCUGUGCGCUUGUUGUAUCAAUUGACUCGAAGCAGCUUAUGCUUUACUCUCUCUCUCUCUCUCUCUCUCUCUCUCUCUCUCUCUCUCUCUCUCUCUCUCUCUCUGUCUCUCUAUGCACAUGCAGCUGUACCGGUGCCGCAGUAGCAUUUGAUUCUGAUAAUGAACAGUAAAAAUGCAUUUAGUUGUCAAUCAGUUUUCUUACAGAAGGUAUAAAGAGAGCGCAGUCAUUGGUAUAUGGAUGAUCUGC